CAAAGACUAUAAAAAUGGGAGCCGUUACCUCCCUGCUUGGCACUCAGCAUCAAGGGUUGGAAUUGGGGGUUAAAUCACCAACAAAUAAUUCCCGGGCGCGGCCACCGCUGCUGCUCACUGCUCGCCUCACCUCCCAUAAUGGCUAUUGGAUUUGACGUUCAACUGUCUCAAUGGGAAGUACAAUUCAUUUGCGUGCGGGUCAAUAUCGUGGAAGUGAUUGAAAAAGAGUCAGCAGCGAAUGAGAGAGGAAAGGGGGAGUGACUGAGGGGCUGGGGGGGGGGGGCGGGGGGGUGCGCCCCCCUCCUCCACCGGCAGCAUCAGCACCACCAGCAGCAUCAUCAGCAUCCUGGUGAGGACCGCAGGACUCAAACUUGAACAACGCGGACGCUCGCCGCCUUCUGAGAGCUCGCCAACACUUCCUUCUUUUCUUUUUUUUUUGCCAAGAUGAUCGCCACCACUCAGCAGAACAUGACCACGGAGCUGGAGCUGGGCGGCACCGACGGUCCCCCCCGGAACUGGAAGGGCAUCGGGAUCGCCGUGAUGGUGAUCCUGGCCGUCAUGUCGUUGGUCAUUCUCUCCGUCGUCAUGCUCACCCCUGAUGAAUCUCUCUUGUUGCGCCACUCCCUUUUCACCGUGGACGACCUGGAGGGAGAGGAGUUCAAAGUUCACGACCCCAGCGUGGCCUGGCUGAGCGAUAACGAGGUGGCUCUCCGCACCCGAGAGGGUCACAUCCUGACCUUUGACUUCAACAACAACCUGACCACCAUCCUGCUGGACAACACCUCACUGGAACUGAGCGCCACCAGAUUCCAAGUGUCCGCGGACAAGAGCGCCGUGCUCCUGGCCUACGACAUUCGAGCGGUGUUCUCUCAGUCCUUCACAGCGUCCUAUGCCACCUACAGUGUGGCCACCGGGGACCUGCUGGAGCUGAGGCCACCUCAGAAGGAGGAGGCGGGGUUGCAGUACGCCGCCUGGGGGCCUCAGGGGAGCCAGCUGGUGCUCUUCUCUGAGGGCAACAUCUUCUACCAGCCCAGCGUGAGCAGCCAGGCUCUGCGUCUCACGUCCACCGGAGACCCUCACCGUCACCGUGUGGUCAACGGGCUCUCGGACUGGACUUACGAAGAGGAAGUGCUGCUGUCUUAUGUCGCCCACUGGUGGUCGGCGGACGGCGCCCGGCUGGCGUACCUCAGCAUCAACAACUCAGCCACGCCUCUUGUGGAAAUACCUAAGUUUCUGGGUGGACUGUACCCUUCCAACGCCAUCUUCCCCUACCCCAAGGCUGGCUCCAACAUCCCGUCUGUCAGCCUGCUGGUGGUAAACCUGUACGGUCCCGCCCACACGGUGGAGAUGACGCCCCCGGACUCUGUCAGGACCAGCAGAGAAGGCUACAUCUCCAUGGUGACGUGGACCAGCAGCACCCGCCUGGCGGUCCGCUGGCUCAACCGGGCCCAGAACCAGUCGGUGCUGUGCGUGUGCGAGGCCACCACGGGGGCGUGCUCAGAGAAGCACAAAGUGUCCCUGGAUAAAAUGCCCAGACCGUCGCAGGACGUCCCUCUGUUCUCGGAAGACGGCGCCAUGUUCUACGCCGUCCUGCCCGCCAAGCAGGGCGCCCGAGGAGAGUUCAGCCACGUCGCCGCUCUCCCAGCCCGGCCCACCAACCCUUCCAUCCCUGCUCGCUUCUUGACAUCGGGCAGUUGGGACGUCACCUCGCUCUGCGCCCUGGACGACAAGGCCGGAAAAAUCUACUUCUUGAGUACGGAGGAAUCCAAACAAAGACGGCACCUUUACAGCGUGGAUGUGGAUGGUGCGUUCGAGCGCCAGUGCAUCACCUGUCACCUCCUGGACGAGUGCCACUUCUUCGACGCACUUUUCAGCCCCAACCGCACGCACGUCGCCCUCCGAUGCCUGGGCCCGGGGAUUCCCAAAGUGACGGUCCACAGCAUCCAGGACCCCUACAGAUACGUGGUCCUGGAGGACAACAGCCCCCUGUCCAAAGCCCUGGAGGACAAACAUCUCCCCGAAACUCUGUUCAGGACAUUUUCAACUGACAGCCACGACGUGCACCUGAAGCUAUCUUUGCCUCGAGGUUACGAGGCCAACUUGCAUCCCUUGCUGGUCAUUGUAGACGGCCUUCCUGGUCGCGAAUCUGUGACAGAGGAGUUCUCUCUGGGCUGGCCUCAGGUCCUCUCCGGCGUCCACGGCGUGGCGUUGGCCUGGGUGGACAGCAGGAGCGGGGCGGGCCGCGGGCAGAAGGUCGCCACCGCCGCCAGUAAGCUCGGCCUGCUUCACGUCAGAGAUCACUUGGAAGUGGUGGAGUUCUUGAGGAAGCUGCCCUACAUUGAUGACCGCCGCAUGGCCCUCUAUGGCAAGGCCUUUGGUGGAUACCUAACUCUGAAAAUGCUAACAGCAACAGAGAAGCUCUUCCAGUGCGCAGCUGCUGUGGCCCCAAUAACAGACUUCAGACUUUAUAACGCGGCGUUCUCUGAGCGGUAUCUUGGCCUCCCGACUAAGGAGGAGCAUGUUUACUCGACCGCCUCUCUGCUGGAGGACGUCAACAAACUGAAAGACGAGAACUUUCUUAUCUUGCACGGAACCGCAGACGCCAAGGUACACUUCCAGCACAGCGCCGAGCUCCUGAGCCGCCUGGUGAGGGUGGAGGCCAACUACUCCCUGCAGCUGUACCCGGACGAGGGCCACACGCUGAGGGAACCGCGAAGCGUCCAGCACUUCCAACGCACGGUACUCAACUACUUCCAUAACUGCUUCAAGCACAGGGUCCUCUUGGACACCACCGAGGACGAAGAGGAGGAUGACGACUGAGGACUCUGGAAGUAGGGGGCACGGUUCUGGACACCUGGACUCUAGACCAAACACUUGAAGCUCCUCCUGGAGGAACUUAACUUCCGAUGGCACACAAAUGUUUGUGCUGUUUACUGUCGGCUCCAAAAGACACCAUUCUUUACAAACGACACUGGAUAAAGUACAAAGGAGGGAAGCUCCCCUGAAGAGCUUGGCUUGUAAGGAUGAACUAGCCUCCGUGUUUUUUCCUGA